AUGGCGCCCAGAAAACAGUUGGUCCUGAAUGCUUUCGUCGAGAUGUGUGAUGGCCAUCAGUCGCCGGGGCUAUGGAGGCAUCCGGACGACCACUCGCACGAGUUUGGCAAUGUCCAGCACUGGGUGGAACUGGCUAAGCUACUCGAAGAAGCGAAGUUUCAUGGUAUCUUCAUCGCGGACGUUCUGGGCGGUUACGAUGUGUAUAAUGGGAAUCUCGAGGCCGCGAUAGUGUCUGGUGCGCAGUGGCCUGUAAAUGAGCCUCUGGCUGUCGUAAGUGCAAUGGCGGCUGCGACAAAGAGCAUCGGGUUUGGGGUGACUUGCUCUACAACAUACGAGCAGCCGUAUCACCUAGCUCGUAGGCUGUCGACAGUAGACCAUCUAUCCAAUGGAAGUAGGCUCGGCUGGAAUAUCGUCACGAGCUACCUGGACUCCGCUGCAAGGAAUAUGGGCUACCAAGAGCAGCUUGCGCACGAUGACCGAUACGCCCAAGCUGAAGAAUAUGUGAAAGUCAUGUACAAACUGUUCGAAUCUUCCUGGAGGGACGAUGCUGUAGUACUAGAUCGCUCGAAGGGUGUAUAUACCGAGCCGGACCGCGUGCGCGAGAUCAACCAUCAAGGCAAGUACUUCACGGUCCCCGGCCCUCACAUUUGCCAGCCCAGCCCACAGCGGACGCCUUUGAUACUGCAAGCUGGUGCUUCGAAGGCAGGGAAAAGGUUCGCGGCUCAGAACGCUGAGGCCAUCUUUGUGUCUGCUCAUGCCCCGGAGGUCUGCGCGAAAAAUAUUGCCGAAAUAAGAGAGCUCGCGAAGACUGAGUUUGGGCGGGAUGGCAGCAACAUUAAAGUCCUUGCCCUUGUCACGCCAAUACUUGGCCGCACUGAACAGGAGGCACAAGCAAAACUUGCCGAGUACCGUAAAUAUGCGUCGCUUGAGGGGGCGCUUGCUCUGUUCUGUGGCUGGACCGGUAUCGAUCUCGGAAAGUACGGUGACGACGAGGAACUCAGACAGGUAGAAUCAAAUGCAGUCCGGUCAACGGUGGAAGGCUAUGCACGAUUCUCGCCCGGAACAUCGAAGUGGACUAAGCACACUGUUGCUGAACAUGUCAGUAUCGGAGGAAAUGGGCCUAUCUUUGUUGGAACACCAGCACAGGUCGCAGACAGCUUCCAGACGUGGCAAGAUGAGGCCGGAGUCGAUGGAUUCAAUAUUGCGUAUGCCCUGUUUCCUCAAUCUUUCAAAGACGUCAUUGAGCUACUGUUACCGGAGUUGAGAGCUCGAGGGCUGUUCUGGGAUGAUUAUACGGUUCCUGGAGGCACAUAUCGCGAAAACUUCUACCAGAAGGAGGGCCAAAGCGGUCCUCUUGAUGAACACGUUGCCUCCACUUACCGAUGGAAAGCUGGCGUAGAUGCGAAGGAUCACAUCAUACCUAGCUAG